AUGACGGAGCCAGUCGAAACUCUCAUUGCGUACACCAACAAUUUCUACGCCGUAGAGCGAACUCUACGUUUCUUUCAAGCCUCAUUCUGGACUGCUUCGCUGAUCGGUGCUGAGGGAUACCAAGCAAAAGCAACCCAUUCCAAAGCCCAGAUUCAUCUCGCCCGCCGCUUCCUCCGAACCUUCAAAUGGGUGGAUUGUUGGACAAACAUCUUCUUAGGCCCGAGAAGUGAGUACGGUGCGGUGCAUGAGAAUGUCCAGAUGCUUAGGGACUCGACUCUUGGCAUGUACUUCUUCCUGGACAUGCUCGUGCUGCCGAGCGCGUUGGGCGCAAUGGACGAGUCUUGGCUGAGUUUCUUCGUGGAGGAUAUGUCAGGCGUCAAGGGUGUUGGUAUCGGGCCCUUGGAGCAUACUGCUGGCGUCUGCUGGUUCUACGCAAUCCUGUUGUCAAUCGUGCUCGGGGCGCUUGAGCUUGUUACAACCCCGGCGAAGAAGCCUGAGAAAGCUGCCGCCAAAAGGAAGCCAGAGAAGGGAACAAGCACAGCAGUCGAGAAGAAGGCAGCGACAGAGCCUCCCUCGACAACGGGCAAGGCCACUCCUACUAUCGUUCGGGAGCUGAUCACUAAUAGCCUGGACAUCAUCAUUCCGGCCACAGGUGUCGGCUAUCUCAGUCUUGACCCCGUCUAUGUCUCCAUUGCCAUGGCUGCGAGCUCAUUGAUCACGAUGAACGCUAUCUGGAGCAGGAUCUACGCGGAUUUCGAGCGGAGCUCAUAA